AUGAUUACGAUUCCUAUGGUUGAAUCACAAUCUGAAAACAAAAAGAUCUAUCCCGGGAAUGUCAAAGAUGUCUUAUCACGAUUGCUUACUAGUCUAAAUGAUGCAUCCAAAAACCAACUCGUCAUUGAAGAACAGCUCCCAAUCUUUGAACCUGUGUUUGUUGAUUUAACUAAGCUCAUGGUGAAUCCGAAUACUCUUUCAAUCAAAAAUUACUCACUUAUCGGAGAGAAUGCCCUCAAAUCAGCAACAUCUAUCUACCUUGUGAAAAAACACUCUUGGGCAACCCAUGCAGACUUGGAGAAAAUCUUCCUUCUCAUUUUUACAAACUCAAGGUUACAAACCUCAAUUGGAAAUAAAUUCAAGCUUGACGAAUUCUGUGACAACAACGACGACCAAGAACAACAAUUACAACUACAAACAGACCCAGUUGUAAUGAUCAAUAGAUUUGCUGGAGUACUUUAUUGUCACCAUGGACUGUCUGCUCUCGAGCGUUGGGUGAAACCCUUGCUUGACCUCUUUUGCCCAGUAUUACUGAAACAACUGCCCAGAGUGAUGUACAACAGGCUGUUUGGGUUGGUCAACGAAGAGACAGAAAAUAUGGCUGCUCAACCAGCCCAGAUACAGUUCACAACCUAUGUCCAGCGAGCAAAGGGAGAAAUCGUGAUAAACAACGAGCAGAAUUCACUUUUUGGACGGUCGCUUGGGUGGAACGCAGAGGUAUUGUACAAGCUGAGUCCUACAUCGGAUUGGCACACCCAUUCUCGCCACGCGAUCAACAAAAGAAAGGCGCGCGAUCUGGCAAUGCGAGACAUCCUGGCUUUCUACAAAUCCAACCCCGGCCUGUUACACACCCAUCGACUAUCAUCUGUCAACUCUGAUCAAGCUAAUCCUGAUGUAUUGAAUAUUCCACCGUGUGACUACGCUGAAGAAAUCAUUGAAGCAAGCAUUCCGGAGUCAUUGAUUCCACCAAUUUCUAGGCAAGAUGAUCAACAAGCCGGCGAAACACACGCACGCAAAGAGAGGGAAGGAGAUGAACAAAAUUGUCAAAUGUUCUCAGAAACAGAUCUGGAUGAAGAAGAAUUCUUUAUCGAUUUGACAGGCGAUAAUCCGGUGGCCGAUAAACGAAAAAAACCCCUACUAGAUUGUGAUGAUUUUGAAAAUACUACCGAUAGUAGUAACGGAACAAACCAAAACGUAUCAUUGCAGAGACCUAGUUUGAUAGAAAUUCUCAAAAGUCUACGGCCGCCACCAAUAUACGAUCCUGUUGAUCUCAAAGUGAUAAAACAGACAAUAUACCAAAAGCCUAAACUGGAGAUAUUACUGAAACAAAAAAGCCAAGAAAGACACCCUAAAGAUCAGAUAUAUCAGAUCAAGCAUUACUUUGAGCAUGUCCAAAUCAAUAUGUCAUAUGAUAAAUCUGGACCUUUACAUCGAAUUGUAUUUGAUGCCAUUUGCGAAUUCAAAUUCCAGGACCUCACAAUCGUUACGAACGGAAGAGGGACAAGAAAGAGUGAGGCAGAAAUUCAAGCAUACCAUGAUUUGCUUGUUCUCUUGAGAGAAUAA